AUGUUUGCCAGACACGCCCUGUCUAUCCCGGAGAUCCUCCUGCACGUCUUUGGACAUCUGCAGCCCGACACCGAGAACUGGGAGAAGCGGGAACGUGGCAAUCCCGAGAGCCGUGCCGCCGCCCUCGCUCGCUCCGCACGUGUCUGCAAAGACUUUCGCGAGCCUGCACUGCGUGUGCUGUGGAGAGACAUACCGAGCAUUGAUGUGUUGGUCAAGCUCUUGUCGCCCUCCGCGAAGGAAGUCCCUGUCUGGGUCCUAGUCCGCAGCAUACGCGCAGAAGAGUGGACGCGCUUCCAAUACCAUGCCCGCUUCGUCCGGUGCUGUCGCAUGCCAGCGCAUGAGUUCAGCGGCGUCUACAGGCACCCUGUGGGCACCACUGUCCAUCACCAUCUCUCCAUCGAGAACACCGGAAAGCCUCUGCUUCCCAACCUUGAGGAGCUCGAGUGGUCCCAGGACCAGCCCCUCGUCACGUCGCUGUUCUUCCUGCUCACGCCUUCCCUCCGCCGACUCACUAUCUACAUGCGCGAAGACCCCUAUGCCCGACGAUACGAGCAGUCUUUCGAUCAGGCCAUCCACGCGGAACAGAUGCUUCUCAAUCGUGUAUUCACACUGUCUCCUCGCUUGGGGUACCUCUGUCUACAAGGGACCUGGAAUCGCACAGACGUCUUUCCUGAGAUCCCACGGAUCGACUCUCCAUCGCCAGCCUACCGUUCGCUGGACUUUUCGCAUUUUGGAUCGCUCGGCAUGAUGGUCAACAAGUUGGCUGAUGUCCCUUAUCUCACUUUCUUGUCUGUAACGGCCGUGAAGUUGCCACCGCUGGAAGAGCGACCGACGUUCAAACAUUUGAGACAAUUGGUCGUGAAGGAAGAGAGUCCGGGCAGCUCAGCGACCUUCCUUGCGUCCGCUGCUUUCCCCAAACUCAGAUCACUCCGCUUGCACAUGCCCGACGCGCGUAUCCCCGACGCGCUGUGGCAAGCCACCGCCAUCGCACUUCCGCACCUACGUAAACUGUACGUGCGGAGAGCCCGCUCCCGACACUCUCCCCAGCCCAUGGACUGCUCCGUCGCCGACGCCCUCCGCCCCCUGCUCGCCCUCGUGGAUCUGCGCAGGGUCGAGAUCGACUUCGGCGCGUGGGCCCUGGACGCGUCGGACGACGACGUCCGCGAGAUCACACGGAGCUGGCCGAAGCUCCAGGUGCUCAAGCUGUCGCACCACGCGUCGUCCGUGCGGCUCUCGCUGCAUGCGCUCGCGUGCGUCGAACGCAAUUGCCCCGACCUCACCGCGCCAGCCCUCUCCGGCAUAUUCAUACAUAAUAUACUGGUACGUGGCGUGCACACGCAAUACAUAGAUCGCGCUAAGUGAUCGCUGCGGUAAUUAUACGUCCGCGUUGUAUGAGCCCAAUGUAUUCCAUAAUACAAUGCGCGUCGAACCAGAAUGUAUCACCAAAAUACAUUACAUCCCGCCGCGCCCGCGCCCACCGAUGCCACCCGGACAUGCGUCACUGCCAGGUCGACGCCCUCGUUGGGAUCCCGCCCCGCACUGCUCGCCCACGUGGUCCGUCAAUGCGAGCCUAUUCUGGACAGGCCGCCAGUGCCAGUGCCCACGCUGGGCUACACCGCCUUGAUACAUCCUGCCGCGCCCGCGCCCACCUGCCACCCGGACAUGCGUCGCUGCCAGGUCGACGCCCUCGUUG